UAAUUGCUUCUUCCUCAGUUCUAAGUCAACGAAACAAUGUCGAUUGGAGAUGAAAUCCAGAAAGAUAAUGAAACCGCUCCACUGUUGCCGGAAUCAGGGAGAGAUGGCGAGAUUGGUCACGACGAAUUCAACGGAGCUUCUUUUACCGGAGCGGUUUUCAACCUCGCAACGACGAUCAUCGGUGCUGGUAUCAUGGCACUGCCUGCAACGAUGAAGAUCCUCGGACUUGUUCCCGGAAUCGCCAUGAUCGUUCUUAUGGCUAUAUUGACUGAUUCCACCAUUGAGUUCUUGCUUAGGUUCAGCAGAAUAGGGAAAACGAGAUCUUACGGUGGUUUGAUGGAAGAUUCUUUCGGCAAAACCGGAAGGACUGUGUUGCAAUUUUCUGUUCUUGUUAGCAACAUUGGCGUUUUGAUCGUUUACAUGAUUAUCAUUGGUGAUGUAUUGGCUGGAAAGGAUGAAUUUGGAAUCCACCAUGCGGGUAUACUUGAAGGAUGGUUUGGGGAAUAUUGGUGGAACACAAGAACUUUUGUUCUUCUCAUUACAACUCUCCUUGUCUUUGCUCCAUUGACAUCCUUCAAGCGGAUUGAUUCUUUGAGAUUCACAUCUGCAAUAUCACUUGCUCUAGCCGUUGUUUUUCUUGUCAUCACUGCGGGAAUCGUCGUCACGAAGUUUUUCAGUGGUGGUUUGAUGAUGCCUAGACUCUUACCAAAUGUCACUGACUUGUCAUCUUUCUGGAGACUCUUCACCGUUGUUCCGGUGCUUGUCAACGCAUACAUUUGUCAUUAUAAUGUUCACAACAUACAUAACGAGCUAGAAGACGCCACUCAGAUCAAACCUGUUGUUAGAUCAGCUCUGACAGUGUGCUCUUCUGUUUACGUAAUGACAAGCCUUUUCGGAUACCUCUUGUUCGGUGAAUCUACCCUUGAUGAUGUUCUUGCAAACUUUGACACCGAUCUUAAAAUCCCUUUUGGUUCUGUCCUAAAUGACGCAGUCAGAUUCAGCUAUGCAGCUCAUCUAAUGCUUGUGUUCCCCGUCGUCUUUUACCCUUUGAGGGUCAACAUCGAUGGUCUCUUAUUCCCUAAGGCUCCAUCGCUUACUACAUCAAACCUGAGAUUUGGUUCUAUCACUGCCGGUCUCAUUGCUGUCAUCUUCGUUGGUGCAAACUUCAUUCCAAGCAUUUGGGAUGCUUUCCAGUUCACUGGAGCUACAGCUUCUGUCUGCAUCGGUUUCAUAUUCCCUGCUGCUGUUAUCUUAAAGGAUCGUCAUAACCGAGCAACAAAGAGGGACAAGUCUCUAGCCAUUUUCGUGAUUGUUCUUGCGGUUUUCUCCAAUGCAAUCGCCAUUUACAGUGACGCUUAUGCCUUAUUCAAGAAGAACAAAUCCACACUUGCAAUCUGACCAUGCAUGAAGAGUUUUAUUUGUAAUAAUGUCUUUAGAUGAAAACUUGAGAAAUGAAAGAUGU